GUGGUUACGAAACAGUCAAAUUCGAACCUAACCUAAACCAAUAUAACCUAGAAUUGAGUUUAUGUGAGCAAAGAGCAUUUUCGUGAUCCUAGAAAUGUAACGUAACGUUCGAUUACGUCAACGUUAAAAAAUACUAUUUGUAUAAAAUAUCACGACUCACGAUGAGUAAUUCCCGACGAUUUUUAGACGCAAUUGUUAAAAAAAUUAACAAGUCGCCAAUUCUGAACAACGCUAGUUCAGCUAUUGGAAACGCUACCGAAAGGGCCCAAGUGAAACUAUCCAGCGUUCAGAGUAUUGCGACAGAAAAAUACAAUACCAUUGUUAAGCAAGUUAAUGGAGCAACGAUAAUUCAAGAUGUAAAUUCACCACAAACGUUGCAAACGAUAAGCCCGUUGCCGCAACGUCUUGUCAAUUGGUGGCAAUGGUAUCAGCAAUUGACAGGGAUGGAUAAAGUUGAAAUAGCAAAGCAUCAAGUCAUCGAAGUUCAGAAUCGACUGUUUCAAUGCCAAGACAAGCGAAGAAAUCUUACCAAUCAGGCCAACAUAGUGAAUGAGAAAUUAAAAGAAACUUACGCGGAGUUGGUACAAACCAGACGGGAUGAUCCGAAGUAUGUGCAGUUGACUAUAAUGGAGAACAAAGGGCUGCAGGAACAAUCCAAAAUCGGUUUACAAUUGAACAUGUUGGAAAAUGAGGAAAGGGAUCAUUUCACAGAGCUGGCUACGGCUAUUAAAGAAUACCACGACAGCCAGGCAAUGAAUGCUCAGAAAUACAAGUAUAUAUCCAUUCUUGCAUCUGCAUUCUUAGCUAUAUUGUCCCUGAGCGGUUCAAUGAUUUAUAACAACAGGAGAAUAGCUGACGUUCGUAACGUCAUAGCUGAAGCACAAAAGAACAACGAUGAGACGUUCAAGCAAUGUUUUCAUUCCUUGGAAAAUGAUUCGAAUAAAAAAUUUUCGAAAAUCAUGUCAAUUCUGGAAGCAAAAACCACAGCUGACAUUACUACUCAAACACCUGAUAAUCGUGUCGAAUUAACUAAGAACAAUUUUGAUACUGUAACAAUUUCAAACAGCUACAGCUACAAAACAGUCAGUAUUUAUAUAGGUGCUUUAGUUCUUGCCACAUAUAUUAUGCAACAAUUAGGCAGAUCUUAGGUAAGAUCUUAAACAACCAGUGAUAGUUUUGAAUGAGAUAUUAAAGGUGUCAGAAGCAAAAUUCAAAGAAUUCAUACCAAUUUUCUGUAGUAAAGAAAUAGAAGUAGAAGAUUUGUUCUAUAUAAUUUAUUAAUAUUUAAUAACGGCCUGCAAGGUAUUUUCAAAGCAGUUG